AAAGGUUACUUUCUUAAUAUGACUACUCGUGCUUGGAUUCCCUGGGAUUUCGCAGUCCAUUUUUGUUGUUAUGUGUCAGAUACUAACUUCCUUCUCCCAAAUACAUCAAACCUAUUGACAUAACUUCUCAAUCAUUCUAUUUUUCUUUUCUAAUUUUCACAUCUCAAUGUGUAAUUGCCACUGGAGUUGAAGCUGUGGCAGUGACACGGUUGGUGUGAAGAGUGAGCGAGGUGAUUGUGCUUCCUUUGGUCUUCUAAUUUUCUCUUCACUUUCUGUGGUGUCAUUCCCCUUAUUUGCUGUGAAUCCUUUCUGGGCACUUUCCACUACUCUUGUUCUGGGUUUUCUCUGCCGUGGGUUGAAAGUUGGAGCUUGUUCUUGUGUUGAAGAAUCAUUAGAAGGUUUUGAUUGCAAACGAAAGGAACGAUCUUGGUCAGAUGGGACACGACGAGUUGGUGACAGUUGACAACGUAUCUGGAGAUGAGCUUGAAUCAACUUCUUCUGAGAAAGAAGAGAAUUGGAGUGAAAAUUUGGAGCAGAAUUCUUCAGAGGUUAAUUCUACAUCUUCAGAGGUUAAUUCUACACUUGGAGUAGGUUUGGACCAUUUCAUCCCAGGGCCUGUUGGAACUGAGAGUAACCUCCUUGUUGCUGCUGACAAUGGGAUUUUGUUUCCUAAAUCAAUGAUGGAAUUUUGGGAUUCUCCAAGGCAAGACCUAAUAGUGGACAGGCUUUCAGAGUGUGAGAAGCAAAAGCUGCUUAACCUUGUAAAGAUACAAAAUGAUGGGACUGUUGACGUUGAUCUGGAAAAAGAUGCACCUCUUGUAUCCGAAUUGUUGAAGUUUCAAUCUUUUGAAGAGUCAACAACGAGUGCAAGUGUUGUUUCUGAAACAAAAAUAUCAGCUCCAUGGUUACAAAUUGUCAUGCUUGUGGUUGGGACUAGAGGCGAUGUACAACCUUUCCUGGCCAUCGCAAAAAAACUCCAGGACUAUGGUCAUCGUGUUAGGCUGGCAACACAUGCUGAUUUUGACACAUUUGUAAAGAGUGCUGGUGUUGAUUUCUAUCCGUUGGGUGGUGAUCCUCGUGCUUUGGCAAGAUGUAAGAGGUUCCUUUUUAAUGCUGCCCUUAGUAUCUAA